AUGGAAAAGUACGCUGUCCCGAACAAACUCCCGUCGGAAGAGAUCAGCGUGUUGACUCAUCGUAAAGGGCGCCUAAAGCAGUUGGCCAAGCGUUCGGAGCAGGCACCGCUACCUAAGAAGAAGCAAACCUCCUUCCGGAAGGUGACCACUGUCGUAGCCCACGCUCUCGCUGCCCAACGCGAUGCCAAGCGCAUUAAACGCAACUUUCUGAGGAGAGGCGUUCUGCCGAAGAACGAGGUGAAGUACAAUCGUAAUCAGUUGGUCCUGGUGUUUCGACAUCGUGGCAUUAAGGUCGUACCCAACAAGGAUGUGAUGAAGACGCUAGUGCGACUUGGGCUGCAGUUCCAGCGUUCUGCCACAUUUCAUCGUUUGACGCCCGAGAUAGCCGCUCAACUGAAGAUUGUGGAGCCGUUUAUCAUCUGGGGCUAUCCGAACAUCAGCGUAGUUAAGGAGCUACUCUUCAAGUAUGUCCGCUUGCGCUGUGAUCAAACCGGUGCCGAAUCGAAGAAGCCCGUACCGCUAACGUCAAACAAACAGGUCGAAGACUUGUUCGGUUCGCUGGGCAUGCUGUGCGUAGAAGAUCUGGUACACGAAAUAAUGAACGUUGGGCCGCACUUUGAAGCAAUCCGGGAAAAGCUGCGUAGCUUCCUGCUGAAGGAUCCCGCCGGUGGAUGGAAGAACCCCAAAAAGAAGGGAAAGCUUCGAUCCAUUGGUGGUGAAGCUGGCUUCCGCGGCGAAGACAUUAACCUGUUAUUCCGGCGAAUUCUUUAA